GGCACAAAGCUCAGUUCAACCCAAACUCCACUCAGAACAAGAGCUUUGACUGUCCUAUUACUUUCAAAAACUUUACUUCACACUUUCAGAAGGGAUUAGUGUUAACUUUUAACCUUAUUUUUUUUAUCUGUAAGAAGCUUGCAGAUACUGAAAUAUAUUUAAGUCUAACUUGUUGAUAUCUCUGUGACAAGACAUUGGGAUGUUGGAUCCAUUGGGCGAGCUGAGGAGAACCGGUGGUUUUAGGCAGUGCGGUGGCCGGUUGUCUUGGCAGGUGCGAUGGGCUCUGUACAUCGUGUGUGUGUUGACGUUAAUAAACUCUGGCGGUCUGGUGCUGCUCCUGGUUCAGCAGAGAGACUUAUGGACUCACCUGACCGUGGUGGAGCAGCAGAUGGUGGAGAUUUCUCAAAGCUCCGUGGUGGAAUUCAUGACGCAGGUGAACGGAGAUGAGGCCGAGUAUCAGUAUUCCAGAAACAAACGCAGGCGGCAUCAUCGAGGGACGAGACCGAUAGUAGGGGACAGGUCAGAUCUGGAUGAGGAACUCGUGAGGGAUUUUCAGUAUCAGCACCAGAGGGAACACAGGCAGGGUUUCCAGCACAAAACAGAGGAGCAGGAUGGCAUGAUGAUGAUGAUGACCUACUCCAUGGUGCCAGUUAAAAUCCUGCUGGAUAUCUGCAACAGUACUAAAGGAGUCUGUUUGACCGGACCACCGGGACCACCAGGACUGCCAGGUUUGCCUGGUGUGGACGGAAUGGCGGGAUUUAAUGGAACAGAUGGAAUUCCAGGAUUGCCAGGAGAGCCUGGGACUCAUGGAAAACGAGGAAAAAAAGGUCCUCCGGGUGAGAAUGGUGAACCCGGUAAACAGGGAGAAAAAGGAGAUCCUGGACCUCCGGGACCACCUGGAGAAAAGGGCGAACCUUCAAAUGAUGUCUUUAUAGAAGGUCCACCUGGUCCACCAGGACCUCCAGGCCAACCAGGACCUCCAGGUCCCCCCGGGCCCCAGGGGCCACCAAGACACAGGAAUCACAGAUCACAUAUUGAUAUAGGGAAAGAGUCUGUGGGUCACCUUAAUUCAGUCCCAAAUGAUGACACCACCAACCAGAAAAUGGCAUUACGAAAGACAAAUGACUGUGUUAUAAAGUCAGUGCUGAACCCCAGACAUCUGAUGAAAAUGAGCGACACUUUUGGUGCGUGGAUGAUGGACACUGCCGCUCAGGAUGAUGAGAAGAUUUGGGUAGCAGAACAUUUCUCAGGUCGUAUCAUAAAGGAGUACAACAGUAUCGCUGCGUUUCAAAAUGGCAGCAGUGAAUCCAUUGACGUCAAGAAGUUUUUUCAAGGUUGCGGUCAUGCUGUACACAACGGCUCCAUAUUCUACCACAUCGCUGGAACACCAAAUAUUGCAAAGUUUGAUCUCCGAACAAAGAUCUUACACACCCUGAGCAUCGAGAACGCCCUCUAUCACAAUCUGUCCUACCUGCUUCAGAACUCCAAGACGUAUUUCAAACUGGCAGCGGAUGAGAACGGUCUGUGGAUCAUAUUUGCAUCAGUCAUCGAUGACAACAUCAUGGUGGCACGACUGGAUGGCAAGAGAUUCUCCAUCAGCACGUACAUCAACACUACAUACCCGAGGACCAAAGCCGGGAACGCAUUUAUCGCCUGCGGGAUCCUUUACAUCACGGACACUAAAGACACGAAGGUGACCCACGCCUUUGACCUUCUUAAGGGGAAGCCCGUUAGUGUAAGUCUGGAUCUGAGGGCAUCUGAAGGGGUUCUGUCCAUGAUCUCAUACAACCCCCGAGACAAACAUCUGUACAUAUGGGAUAGUAGCUACGUCAAAACUUACCAGGUUCAGUUUCUCUCUGACGAAUAACCAUGCAUCAUUGCAGUAUGUGUUUUGCUGUGUUAUGUUUAGACUAUUUAUAGACAAAAAAUAACAAUUAAUUGCUAUAUUUGUUGCCCAUAUGCAUAACCAGAUUUCUUAAGUGAAUCAAAAAUAAACUGUUCAAUUGACAUCAGGCUAUAAGAUGUCCAUAGAGUAUAUAGUGGUUCUAAAGCAUACUUCAAACAUACAUUAAAUGUCUCGGUACCAUUGCAUUACAUAAGAAAAAAAUCUCUGGGCUACAAAUUUUACAAAAAGUUGCAAACAUACGAUGUUAGAGACUUUCUAAGAACUCUUCUGUGGCAUUUAUGCAAUGACCUUCAAUUGGAUGGUGCCGAUAGGAUUUGUUAAUGGAUGUAUAAAGUCAGUUCUGCAUUACAAUAAUUAAAAAUAUCCCAGGAUGCUUGGUAAAAGGUUAUUACAAUGCAUUGUGGUUUGGAAACAUUAUGGUUCAACCAAAGUCCAAGCUUGCUUGCAUGGAAAUAAUAAAACUAGUCCCUGGAUGUAUUAUAGGAACAGGUAAAUGUUUGUCUGAUCCAUUACACACAGUAUGAACUGCUGUCCUGUAGAAGCGUACACUUUAUCAGUGUGUAUGUAAUCUUUCAAAAAAAAAUUUAUACCUACAAACAUUAUUUUAAAUGGAGGUCUAAUGUAUUACAUUUGUGUUUAUUGAUGUAUAUUAUGAAUAGAUCCAAUGUAUUGUCAUUGUAAAUGUGUUUUGAGUCAAAUUUCCUGUUUGGGACAAUAAAUUGUGUGUUAAAACAAAAGUUUUUAAAUACUAUGUAUAUUAUUUUUUCAUUUAAAGGGGACAUGUCAUGUAUGUUUAGUUCUAGCUCAAAAUAUUAUAUAGAUAAUUUAUAAUAACAUGUUAAAAGUGCCACUUUCUAGAUCUGAGCAAAAAUUUGCAUUUCCAUUUGAAUGAGCUGAUCUCUGCACUAAAUGGCAGUGCCAUGUUAUUAAGGCGGUAUUAUCCCCUUCUGACAUCACAAGGGGAGACAAAUUUCAAUGACAUAUUUUUUCACAUGCUUAGAGAAUGGUUUACCAAAACUAAGUUGCUGAGUUGAUCUUUUUCACAUUUUCUAGGUUAAUGGAAUCACUGGGGACCCAAUUAUGGCACUUAAACAUGAAUAAGGUCAGAUUUUCAUGAUAUGUCCCCCUUAAAUACCAACACAUUUACUUUCAAAUGCUUAUAACUUGUUCUUGUGCUGUCUUGCAAAACUAAACAUGCAUUUUUUAUGUGCCCCUUCAGUGUCCACUAGGGCAAAAAAUAAAAACAUUUC